GUCUGGGGAGGGUGGGUUGGAGAGAGGUACAGGAAGGCCCUUGACUUAGGACAGCAAAGCGGAGACCUGCCUGUCCUCCAAGAAGGGGACAAGGCCUUCAUUGAAGACACUGUCUGACUGACAGGGUUACUCGGCACCCUUAGCUUCCAACAUGAUUCCCUGGUGGAGGGCCAUUCAGCUGGUGGUCCCAGGAAGAAAUCUAGCAACAGCAGCCACUGGUGGACAGCAUGGGUCAAGUGGCCGAACAUGGAAGAUUUUGUCCUUUGUUGUGGCAUUACCGGGAGUGGCUGUCUGCAUGCUGAAUGCAUGGCUGCAAAAGAAAAACCACCCCACUGAACGACCUGAAUUUAUCCCUUAUCACCACCUACGUCUGCGAACAAAGCCUUUCCCCUGGGGUGAUGGAAAUCAUACCUUUUUCCACAACCCUCACACCAACGCACUCCCUACAGGUUACGAAGAGGAAGCUAGUAUCCACCACUGAUCCAACUGUACUCUUUUUCUCUCUGCUGUGGGAGGAGAGGAACAGGUCUUGGUAUUCCUUAGUUACUUUGAGACAGUUUUUCCUUUCUAAGGAGAAUGAAACAAUAAAUGGAUGAAGCAUC